CUCCACACUGUUAUAAAGAUGGUGUUUAUUAAAGAGGAGAGUGAAGAUGUGAAGAUUGAAGAAACAUUCACAGUCAAACAGGAAGAUCUGCAGGAACAAACAGACCGGAUGGUGCUAAAGGAAGAGACUCAUGAACAGAAUGAAAUAGAUGAGAAACUGCUGUUUGAGAAACCACAAGAAAUAACAACUGAUGAAAAACCCACACUGACUAAAAAGACUUCAUCACAUGGAAGACCUCGGAAAUCCAAAUCUGGGUGUAAUUUUAGCUGUAAACAGUGUAGAAAGAGUUUCAAUCAAAAGUCAAACCUUCAUGUUCACUUGAGAGUUCACACAUGGGAGAAACCUUACACCUGCAAACAGUGUGGAAAGAGUUUUAGUCAAAUACAAGGCUUUAAAGUCCACAUGAGAAUUCACACUGGAGAGAGUAAGUUCACAUGCCAAGAGUGUGGAAAAAGCUUCUAUCAUGCUGGAAACUUUGCAGCACACAUGAGAAUUCACACCGGGGAGAAGCCUUUCAGCUGUAAGCAGUGUGGAAAGAGUUUCAGUCAAAAGCCAAACCUUGAUAUUCACAUGAGAAUUCACACUGGGGAGAAGCCUUUUAGCUGUAAACAGUGUGGAAAGAGUUUCAGUCAAAAGUCACACCUUGAUAUUCACAUGAGAGUUCACACAGGGGAGAAACCUUACACCUGCGAACAGUGUGGACAGAGUUUUAGUCAAAAACAAAGCUUUAAAUCCCACAUGAGAAUUCACACUGGAGAGAGGCCAUACACAUGUCAACAGUGUGGAAAAAACUUUCGUCAUGCAAGAAACUUGGCAGCGCACAUGAGAAUUCACACUGGAGAGAAGCCUUUCAGCUGUAAACAGUGUGGAAAGAGUUUCAGUAAAAAGGCGAACCUGAUUGCUCACAUGAGAGUUCACACUAGGGAGAAACCUUACACCUGCGAACAGUGUGGAAAGAGUUUAGGUAAAAAACAAGACCUUUACAUCCACAUGAGGAUUCACACUGGAGAGAAACCUUACACAUGCACAGAGUGUGGUAAAAGUUUCCCACAUAUAACCACACUCAAACACCAUGUGAGAACUCACACUGGAGAGAAGCCAUUUGCAUGUGCUCAGUGUGGAAAGAGCUUCACAACCAAAGCUAGCCUCAAGAACCACAUGAAUUGUCACACUGGAACCAUAGUGUUCACAUGUGAUCAGUGUGGAAAGAGUCUCACACGCAAAGACUCCAUUAAGAAACACAUGAAGAUUCACUCAGGAGAGGAUCAUUUUAGAUGCAGUGAGUGUGGAAAGGGCUUUAAGCGUAAAAGAAGCCUCAACACUCACCUAAAGCUUCACAAUGGAGAGCAGAGUCCUCAAAAUUGAGGCCUUGUCCACACAAACACGGGUUUAUUCAAAACGGCAGCUUUUUCAUGUAGUUUGGCUGUUCAUUCAAGUGAAGAUUAUUUAUAAACUACUUUCGAGAGGAUCACAUCCUUAGCUAAAACAUGAUUCACAAAUUACAUCAUCCUUUGUUAUAAAGCAGUGUCUCACAGACAGUACUUUGGUUUAAGUUACUUGAAGACAGACAAGUUAACAUCACAGCUGAGGCACUGCACUAUUCAUUGUCUUCAAUAAAGUCUUCACCCCGUAA